GGCAAAAGAUCAUUUCAUGAUUUAGUUAGAUGGUGCUAUUCGAACAGGUAAAACGUGUCUGGUGAGAUAAUUCGAAAAAGAGUCGUUAAACAAUAUUUUGUUGUUGUAUCACAUUCAACUUGGCGCGUGAAUCUUGUAGUAAAAUUCUCUACAGAUAGUUUUUGACAAAACAACAAAAAAAAAAACACAACGUGACUGUUUUAUAAAAGUUUAAUUAAAAAAGUUUUUAAGUUAUUUCAUUCGCAAAAUCGUCUGAGUCAUCGGCUAAAUUAAUUUUUUAAUUCCACAAGAAGUGAUAAGAUUCACGAUAAGAACUGUGAAAUCGAUAAAAGCACAUAAUUCAACACAUUUUUUUUAUCAACAACAACAACAAUUGAAUUUAAUUCAAAAAUGAUUUGGAAUAUGUUUAGGAUAUUUUUGCUAUUGACAUUGGCCAUUGGCAUUGAAUCAGCUAAUCCAAUAAGGAAUUUAAACAGUAACGGAACUUUGGGAGCACUGAGCAAAACCAAUAAAAGUUCUGCGGAAAUAAACAAUCUUCUUUUAAAUGCCACAUCAGAACUUGAGACAAUCCAGUUUCGUAAAAUACACAUUGAUGAGGAGAACGAUUCAUCAAAAUAUGGUGACUCAAAUGAUGAUGAGAAGACAGUCGAUUUAAAUGAUUUAAAAUAUGAUGUGGAGAUACUUCAACCAGGAAAACUGGAAAACUUGGAAAAUGAAGAUCUUGAAAUUGAAGAACGUUUCAAAGGUCCUUCAAUUAAUUUUAAUACAAAUGAAUUCUAUGAUGAAAACAUAGAAGUUAAUUCACAAACAAUGCAACAAACACAUGUCAUAUUGACCAUUACGCUUAUUGUUUUAGCAAUUGUGUCUAUUGGAAUUUAUGCUGGACUUGUGAUGUGGCGAUCAAGUUUAGAAAAACGUUAUGGAAUGCGCCAAAGACUGAUGACAGAUGAUGACUUCUGUACGAAUGUUCAUGAUAGUCGACCAUACUGAUGUUACGAAUACAAUCACAGAUGUCAACUUUAAAUCUGUCUCACAUCAAUUAAAUCUGAGCUUUUUAUCUUCGAUCGAAUUGUAUUUGAAAUCGCUCAGAAAAUUUGUUAUUCAUCAUUAAUUCGUGGAAUUUCCAAGUUUUUUUUUUUUUUAAUUAAUUGUGUGAAAACAACCUUUGGAUGCUGACUACGAUUUAAUUGGAUGCAACUCUACCUGAAUUGUAUUACGUAGGUUAAGUUUACAUACGAGUAUAGAAAAGUAUAGAUAAUAAGUUGAAUGUAAUUAUAAUUGACAAUUAUUAAGUAUAGUAGUUUAAAAUAGUUCCCCUUUCGGCUUAUAUGUAUAUCCCAUUAUUAUUAUUAUUGUUCAUAGAAUAUUUAGUAUAUAUUUUUUUUACUUUUUAUUUAAACACAAUGACUGUGAUAUUGAUAGAUUUAAAAGUAAAUAUUAAAGUUAUCGUGACAAUGUUUAAG